AUGCGCCCAGAUGGUUUGCGCUCGGCGCACGCGGGCGCAUUGCGGUCCUGCGGAUACUACAACAACAGCUACGACAAAAACUGCUACAACUGCUACAACAAGGUCGCAGGUAUGCGCACACGCACAAAACUAUAA